AUGAGCCAGUUAAAUGAAGUAUUUACAGCAUGGCGGCCUAGAUAUAGCAAGUACCAAAGCAAAAGAUUCUUUAAAAAAACAGUAAUAUAUAUGGCGUACUUUUCGAUUUUUAUUGUUUUUAUCAAUGUGCUAUAUGAUAAAUUCAUUCAAGGCGAGACAACAAUAAAGUAUUCUAUCAUCAGAACACUUCCCCUACGCACAUAUAGCCGGGUGCAAGGAUGGAUGUGCAAAAUAUACCUUCCAUGGCCGGGGAAUGUAGCAGUAUUGGCGAUAUUCAAAGGAGUAUGCAGGAUAUCACUAGAAGAUGCAGAAAGACAAAAAUUAUCUGAAUAUUCUAGUGUUAAUGACUUAUUUACCCGGAAAUUAAAAAGGGGGAUUAGACCAAUUCAAAAAGGAAUAAUAUCACCUGUAGAUGGGACUAUUAUAUGCAUGGGAGAUGCAAAGGAUAGUGCCAAUUAUAAGAUAAAAGGGGCCAAAUACAAAAUAGAGGACCUAUUAGGAGAUCCAAGCAUUUGGAGAAGAAUAGAUAAGAACAACACAUUGAAACAGGCUGUUAUAUAUCUAGCACCACAUAAUUAUCACAGAUUCCAUAGUUUUACAGAUUUUACUAUUACAGACGUAUUACACUUGCCCUCUUUACUCUUCUCAGUGGGAGAACUAACAAUGAAGUAUUUCCCUGGACUACUUGCAAAGAAUGAAAGAGUUGUUUUUUCAGGGCAGUAUAUGCAUGGGUAUUGUGCCAUGGUUGCUGUGGGGAGUGUGGGUGUAGGGAGUAUUUCCAGCAAUAUAGCUGAAUUUAAAACCAACCGCAUGUCUGGUCUAUUUACAACCACAUAUUCUGUAUUUUCGGGGAGCCGUGUUUAUAAAAAAGGAGAAGAAAUAGGGCUAUUUAAUCUAGGAUCAACUGUUGUAAUUGUUUUUGAGUGUCCUAAAGAAGGAUUUGUCGCAAAUAAAGUAGAAGGGCCAGUAAGAUUGGGUGAAUCACUAGGAAAUUUUGAAAUAUAAAUAUACACACUA